CAUCCAUCCACGGAAAGGCUCACAUAGAGCAUCCUCUGUACAGACGCACCACCAUCCUCCUCCUUCCUUCCUUCCUUCCUUCCUCCCACUCUCCUCCUCUCCUCUCUCUUGUUCUGUUCGAACGCAGAGGACAUCGGGACCUCGUCUUCUCCCACCCCCCAAUUUACCCGGAGACAUGGAUCUAUGGUUUCACUCGAUCCGGAUUUGCUGGUGGAGGGUUUUGUUCCUGAUGAGUGUUUUCCAGGACUAUCUGAGCUCCAUGCUGGACUGCCCGCCGACCUGCAGCUGCUCUCAAACAGAGAUCUAUUGCAAUAAGUCCGACAGCGGCAGGUUUUUCCCUUUACUCGCCCUGCAGGACACUGGGAACAAUGGGACCAGUGUUGACAUAGCAGAGUUAUUCAAAAACAUCUCCUCUAUACACAUAGAGAACUGGACAGGAUUGCAGACUCUGAGAGACGUCGAUAUGGAGCUCUACACUGGACUGCAGAGACUAACUAUCAUGAAUUGCAACCUGAGGGUGAUCCAGGCUCGAGCGUUCGCUCAGAACCCACACCUACGCUACAUAAACUUGUCAAAGAAUCCUCUCACCACUCUGUCAUGGCAGCUCUUCCAGCACCUCCAACUCUCUGAACUCCGUCUGGAUGGUGUGGUGUUCGACUGCGGUUGUGAUAUCCGCUGGAUCCAGCUCUGGCAGCAGAGAGGAGAGGCCAGUCUUCACACGCAGCAGCUGUACUGCAGGAAUGGAGCCUCAAAGAUGCGACUGCACAGCAUGUACAUCCACAACUGUGACUUGCCAGAGAUCAGUGUGAGCCACAGCAGUGUGUUGGUGAUGGAGGGUGACAAUGUGACGGUAAGCUGCAAUGGAUCUGGAUCUCCGCUGCCUGAAGUGGACUGGACUGUCAGCGGCCUGAACUCCAUCAACACACACCAGUCCAAUGUGUACUGGCCCAACAUCCACUCCAUCAACCUGACUCUGUUCAACAUCAGCCGAGACGACAACAACUUCCAGCUGACCUGCAUCGCAGAGAACGUGGUGGGGAUGACAAACUCCUCCAUCCAGCUCAACGUACAGUUUCCUCCAGUGAUCCUGAGACUGGCUGAGCCAGAGCAGCGCCUCCACACCUGCAUCGAGUUCACGGUUCGGGGUUACCCCCACCCCAAGCUACGUUGGUUCUACAAGCAGAAGGAGAUUGUGCAGAGCGACUACAUUCGGACUGAGAUGGACUUCUACCAGGACUAUCUGGAGGGUUGUCUGACCUUCCAGAACCCAACGCACAUCAACAACGGCAACUACACCCUGGAGGCCAGCAACCCGCUAGGAACGGUCACAAAGACAGUGUAUGGUCACUUCCUAAUUGAACCAGGCAUCAUUGAGGAAGACAUAGUGGAACUAGUUACAACGCCAUCAGAUAGUCGACCAGAUGAAGAUACAUUCGGGGUUUCCAUUGCUGUUGGUUUGGCAGGCUUCGCCUGUGUCCUUCUCCUCGUCCUCUUUGUUCUCAUCAACAAAUACGGCCGACGCUCCAAAUUCGGUAUGAAAGGUCCAGUAGCUGUGAUAAGUGGAGAGGAAGACUCUGCCAGCCCUCUUCAUCAUGUCAACCACGGGAUUAUUACCCCCUGUACUCUUGACGCGGGUCCUGAUGCGGUUGUUAUAGGGAUGACCCGUAUUCCUGUGGUGGAGAACCCUCAAUACUUCAGACAUGGGCACAACUGUAACAAGCCAACUACCCUCGUCCAGCAUAUAAAACGGAGAGACAUAAUCCUGAAGAGGGAGUUGGGUGAGGGAGCGUUUGGUAAAGUCUUCCUGGCAGAGUGUUACAACCUGAGCCCCACCAAGGACAAGAUGCUGGUGGCUGUCAAGACACUGAAAGAUCCCAACCUGUCUGCAAGGAAGGACUUCCAGAGGGAGGCGGAGCUGCUGACCAACCUGCAGCACGACCACAUCGUUAAAUUCUACGGAGUGUGCGUGGACGGAGACCCUCUCAUCAUGGUUUUUGAAUACAUGAAGCACGGAGACCUCAACAAAUUCCUCAGAGCCCACGGCCCAGACGCCAUGAUCCUGGUAGAUGGCCAGCCACUGCAGUCCAACGGGGAGCUGGGCCUUUCCCAGAUGCUGCACAUUGCCACCCAGAUUGCCUCUGGCAUGGUUUACCUGGCCUCCCAGCACUUUGUCCACAGAGAUUUGGCAACACGCAAUUGCCUGGUAGGCAAUGGCCUGCUGGUGAAGAUUGGAGACUUCGGCAUGUCCAGGGACAUCUACAGCAGUGACUACUACAGGACUCAUCACAAAGCGUCCUUUCCUCCAGUGCCGCUAACUACAGCGAAAAGAUAUUUCCAAGAGGUUGGAGGACACACCAUGCUACCUAUUCGCUGGAUGCCUCCAGAGAGCAUCAUGUACCGGAAAUUCUCUACGGAAAGUGACGUCUGGAGCUUUGGAGUCAUCCUGUGGGAGAUCUUUACUUAUGGAAAGCAGCCUUGGUUUCAGCUGGGUAACAACGAGGUUAUUGAGUGCAUAACCCAGGGUCGGGUUCUGGAGAGGGCACGGAAUUGUCCUAAGGAGGUGUAUGACAUCAUGCUGGGCUGCUGGCAGAGGGAACCGCAGCAGCGACUGAACAUUAAGGACAUUCAGAAGGUCCUGUUCGCCAUGGGAAAAGCCACGCCGGUCUACCUGGACAUCCUGGGCUAGCAGCAGCCGCGGAUGGCCCGUUCCUCGCCAGACAGACAGAUGGACAGAGACAUACGGACAGACCGACACACACGAACCCAGGAAUAACCAAACCAACCUGCUCCACUGUCGAAAAACAUCUACAAUGUUUGGGAAGGACUUAAGUGCCUGCAACACUUUUGGAUAUAGUGGAUAAAACGUAUUCAAAAAAAAAAACAAAAAAAACACGCACUUUUACAUUUUGUUUACUUGCGUAUAAGAUGUACAGGUUUGAAGAAAACUUUUUUUCCCCUUAAAAAACUGCAAAAAUACACAAAAAUGGAGACAAAAAGGGAAGUAAUAUAGACUGGCAAUAGGAAAAUGGCCACAGUUUGAUUCUACUAUAGAGAGAACACAUCAGAGUUAAAAUCUAUCCUGGGUUUGGUUUUAUGAAUAUAUAUAUAGAAAUAUUACAUAUAUUUUAUAUUUAUUUCUUUUUGUCAAGGUGUUGAAGGGUCUGCCAUGUGUGUUGCUAAGGGCUCGGCCCUGUCCGAAGACGCCACUGACAACUAUUGGCAGGGACUUGAUGAUGGAAGCCUUACUUGCACUCUGAUUGGCCGGCUUAGCUUUUAAUGGGAACUCUGCUUCUGUGGAAUUACACUGGAUGGUUUGAAAAAAAGGAGCACUCCGUAAAGGACCUACCCAAUCAGACAACUGACAAAUCUAUUUUAAUUUAAAUAUAAUGUACAUAUUGUAAAAUUCUAUGUGUCAAAAUUAUGUUAACUUAUUUUUUCCGAUGUUAUUUUAGUUCUUUUUCUGACUGUGAUCUGGGUGGCUAACGUUUAAAGCUAUGGUAUUUGUUCUCAUCUUAAACUAGAGGAGAUUUUUUUCGGCAGUUACCUGUGUCAGUGCUGGUAAGUUGUCGAUGUGCUGAAGGUGAAUAGAUUUUGAAAAGCCCACUGACGCUGAAUCACAGACUUUGGAGAACGGGGACGACUUGGAGCCAUGGUUCAACACGACACUUUUCCAAAGAGGUUAAGAAACCUCACGCUCACUUUUUCCAGUUCAUUUACACCACAGCCCUCAAACACAUACACACGCUUUGAGAAACUGUCCUGUCAUUUUCCAGGCUUUAUGGUAUAAAACUGCUUUUCCACUCAAAAGAAAACAUUUUUGUAACUGAGAUUAUAAAUCAUUUGUGAGGCACAGGUGUGUGCCCUGCAUACACAGGCUGCGGAAAUCUGUAACAGUAAGAAACGGUUCGACAUUUUGAGAAAAUGCAAUUAUUUACUCUCUGGCUGAGCGCUGGGUACUGCUCCUAUAAUCUGUCAGCUCAAUAUGAAGCUACAGCCAGGAGUUAGCUUACCUUCACAUAUUCACAUAAAGACUGGGAGCAGGGAAGCAGCUCCUCUGGCUCCUUUCAAAGGGAAGAAAAUCUGCCUACCAACACCUUUAACAUCAGCAGAUCGAGAGAGCUGAGGUGAAAUCACAGUUUCCAGGCUCUGCUCCAGAAGUGAGAAGACAUCUUUCAAAUGUCCACACAUUUAUUAGAAGGCAAAUAACCUGAAUUUGAACAGAGCCUUAACCCCAACAUCAUUUCCCAAAAGUCCAUGGGUGAGUUGAGCAGCCUCAGCUGGUGAAUAAAAUUGAUAGAGAGGAAAUCAUGGAGUUGAAUUACAAAGGCUUGAACUUCUAACAACCACGGCUGUAGCAGACGAUGAUUUAUCUACGGAGUUACCACAGGCGUCAUUUUGUUUUUCGGAAAGACAGAAACUAGAUUGAGUUACAGAAGCUAAUGGAACAGAGGUUAGCUCGGACAUAGUCCCGCUUUGCCAGACCUAUUUUCACAGUGCUGACACAGCACUGUGAAAAUAGGUCUGUGCUGUACCAUUAUCAUUCUGCUCUUGGGAAAAAAAACAUAAUCACAAGUGUCCUGGGUGCUGCUGAGCCCAGGAUGCAGUGACAGUGUCCCUGAAAAAUAGUGUGAGGAAGGAGAGGUUGUUCUGUUGGAACAUUUCCACGCGGGGAGUCACACUCUGCGUGUGGAACACAAAGAAACACACACACACAAAAGUAAAAGAUUAUUGUUGUCUGUGUAAUUGGACAAUCCACAUAUUUAUGACACAAGCUUACAACCUAUAGGCCAUUUUCAACGUGUAGGUUGUUUGCUUGAAUGUUCAGGUGGUUUCGUAUAGUGAAGGGGAUUUUGACAUUUGUGACGGAUUGAAAAAGUACAGAAUGCUGCGUUAGAAACUGUGGUUUAUAUCCAGUGUCGAUGGGCUGAGUCAGACUAGCCCUGAUAUGAUCGCAAGUUAGCCUCCGCUCUCUUUAUUCUGUUUGUUUAACCUACAACAACCUAACUGUAAAAAGUUUUAAAAGUAACAAUGUCACCACAAGGCUGUCUACUUUCUCCCUAAAUAAAUAAGAUGUAAAUCAGUGAGUUUUAGCCAUGCUAACAGGCUAAUGUUAGCAUUCGAACAGAGGCAGGUUUACUUUCCCCUUGUUUCCAGUCUGUGUCCUCAGAUAAGCAGCUACUAGAAAUUCAUAUUUACACCGCAGCCAUUAGAGUAGUGUCGUUUUUCUCAUCAAACUUUUUGUGACAAAGCUAAAUAUUGUAUUUUCCAUAAUGUUGAACUAUUGCUUGAUGGUUAUCAUCAGUAUCCUGCCAAUUCACAAUCCAUGAAAAGAAACACAAAGGCUUGCUCUCUCACAUUUCAUCUCCAACGACUAAAUGAAAACAUUUCUUUAUUUCACUACUCUAAUUUUCUUUUAUCAACUGUACGUGACUCACAUUCACAUGUUUUCUUCUGUUUAGUGAUGAUGAGGUUUCACGCCCAUCCUUUGCUUUGAUAAAAACCUUGUCUGUUAAACCACAGAGGAGCCACUGAAGCAGGUAGAUACUCUUGUUAAUUUAUGGACGGUACAUCAAAAAUAAUAAUUACUGACGUGGAUCAGCUAAUUGUGUUGCUGUUUGUUCCAUAUUUACUGAACUGGAAAACAUGAAGAGUUUUGUUCCAAAAUGUGACAGAAAAAGCAUGAACCCCCCCAAAAACAGGAAAAAAAUCGAAUUAAAAGAGUAAAACCAAAUGUUAUUAAUUUCAAAGAACCAUUGAUAAUUAAGUGUUCCGUCAAAAAAAAUUGUUCAUUUUUACAGAGGGGAUCUUAUAGAUUUCUUUCACAUGAAUGAAAAACCUCAGGCAACAAUUUUAUUUUAUGAUGAAUCUGGAUAUCUAAUGUUUUGGAGUGGAACUCUUCAUAUCUAUUCCCUAUUAUCUUGACAUGGAUUCUCACAGUAUCACAGUGUUGUCUCUGUUCCCCCUUGGGACUAUGUAAAUCAUUAAUGAGCAUUAUUUCAAGUGUUUUAUAUGAAAGGCAGUAUCAAAUCCAAUGAGUUACCCAAAGCAUUGAGUUUUUGUGUAUUCUCUUGUGGUAAAGAUAAAUGCUUAAAGACAUUAUGACACAGACUAUGAGCAUUUGCAGGGUAUUGUAAUCCUUUCAUGGUGAGUUGAAUAUUGUUUAAAACAUUCUUUCUUUUUUCUUUUCUUGGAUGAACUAACUGAACACUUUUUGAAGCAAAGUUGACAUAUUACAAUGUACACAUGUUACAGAAUAUAAAAAUGUGGUAUAACAAUUGCAGUAUAUAAAAUACUGGUAUUCCAUGAUAGAUCUUUGUAUUAAUGUGACUCUCUUAAGAAAAUGUCUUCAAACAA